AGAGGAGCUGCUCGCCCAGUUUUCGAAGACGUCCCCGAGCGAAGCAGCCUGUACGGGGAGGCGCAGCCCGAAGCUAGCGCUCGACGAAGAAGCGCCAGCGCUGGCCACCUCGUGCGCUGGCGUCGGAGACGGAAGACGCGGGAAGUCCUGCUAUGCGGGCUCCGCGGCGGCACAGGCGGCGCAGGUUCGGCCUCCUCCUGGACCUCGUAAUCCUGUGCCGGGAGUGGCUGCAGGACCAUCCAUGGCCCCCAACCAUGCACCGGGCACGGACGCGGUGGUGGAGGAGCCGCGAGUACCGGCUCAACGUCGCCGGCGUCGACGUCCAUUGCAUCGUCCGCGGGCUCCAUUACCUCGUCCGCGUACAGGUUUGGAGCGGCCGGUCCGGCAAGAAUCCAGAUCGGGAGCGGCGGCGCCAGCGGCAUGGCCGGUUCAGGCGAAGCACCAUAAGGUCCAGCACCGUCGCGACCUCGGGCGCCAUGUCCAAGACGCAAUCCACGGCGACGGAACCGUUCCGGCGUCCUCCGAACCGGCGAAGAUCACGGGCGUUGCGGUUUUGAGGGCAAAGUCCGCCAACACCAUGGCGACGGCGACGGCCCUAUCGACGUCGACCGCCGCUACGAACAAGGUGCAGGAAGAAGGACAGGAGAC